AACGUUCAAUAGACGAAAUAAGUGUACGCAUUCAUUUCGGGACGGACAGUCAAGUCACAAAUAACCAAAAUGAAGCGGUAUGAGCGUAGGAACGAAGAGUGUAUUCCUGGAGCAAAAAUUUAAGGCGCGUUUCCUUUCAUUUGUGGUGAUAAUAAUCGAAUUUAUUCUAAUGAAAUUUAAGCACGACUUGGAGUUCGAUUUAACACUAUUGCAACCCUGGAUUCCUAUUAACCCAUUAUAUUUUGUAUAGGUCACGUAUGUCAGCGACUAUGAGUUUUUCUGCAAAGGUGCUGUCCAACAUAAAACGUUCAAAUGAUUCAGAGGAGGAUGAUUGCGAUCAACAUGACGCUACAUUACUGAAAGUUUUGAAUUCUAUUUCUGCAACAGAAUUUGAUACGCUGGUUGAUGUAAAUCCAAGAGGUGCGGAUUUCAAGGAAGAACCCGAAUCUUGUAUUGAUCCUUUAUUUAACAAUGUGGAAAUUACUUCACAAAAUUACUACACUUACACAUAUCAAGAUGCUGACUUACUAGAAACUGAUGAAAGUGAGGGUGAUGAUAAUGAAAACAAUGCAACAAGUAAACUUUACAAAAGAAAACGAAGUCAAGAUGAGUUCAGAGGACGUAAUGGCUUUUUAUGGAAGACUGCGAGAACAAAUGGAGCUGAAAACAAAAGCUUUCAAUCUGCGCUACAAUUGCUGCAACCUAAAGGCAAAGGGCCCGCCCACACAAUGGGAAGUAUACUGGAAAUGUGGAGUUUACUUUUUGAUGAACAAAUUAUCUCUCAAAUUUUGCACUACACCAACAUAGAGAUAAAGGAAAGGAGAGCGAAAUUACCACAUCAACGAUUAAUCGAUGCGGUGGAGUUUCGCGCUUGGAUAGGGCUUAAUUAUCUGUGUGGUAUAUUUCGUAAUGCUACUCAUAAUGGUCCACUGGACGAGUUAUGGUCAUUGGAGUUAGGAAAUGCUGUAUUUCGCGCUACAAUGCCUCUGAAAAGAUUCAAAUUUAUAUACGAAUGCUUAAGCUUUGGAGAAAAUGACGUAAAUGGAAAGACAUAUAAUUCCCGGGCAAUAUUGGAUAUAUGGAACAAAUUUUUAGUAAACUGUCGUUCAUAUUAUGCACCAAGUGGUAAUUGUUCCGUUGACGAAGUGCUGAUUAAUUUGACAAAUUCAAGUGAAGAUUCACAACUGUUAACUUUAUGCGAUGCAAAGACGCUUUAUAUGUGCAAUGCGAUUCUGCACCCCAAAGGGGGUUAUACAGAACGUGACGUGGUACGACUGGUAUCCGACAUAAAAGGAAGCAAACGAAAUAUUGUACUUUCGCCAAAAUUUAUUAGCAUAGAACUAACGAAUAAAAUGAUGGAAAUGGACAUGUCUGUAGUUGGCAUGUUGCCAAAUAAUGCUUUGGAGCUGCCAGCAGAUCAUGCGUCGAACAGUACUUGGCGAAGAUUAUACUCGGAUCAUUGCACAUUAAUAUCAAGUGAAACUUGUCCGGGAUUUUUUUUGGCCAGCGGUAUUCCGAAAACAAUAAACGUAGAACGUUUAUACAACUUAAGCUGUAAUGCAUGCAAUACUUACAACAAAGCAUGUUGUACGUACUCAACGCGACAUACAAUACCACACAAUGGCGUUCUUUUCUCGGCUAAUUUCUUUCAGAACAUGCUUGAUUAUGCCGCUUUGAAUUCAUGGAUACUUUUUGUGCUUUCUUCGAAUGGCGAUAAAAGCAUAAAACAAAGAAACUUCCAACGCCAUCUUGGUCUAUAUCUCACACAGCAACAACUUAAACGGCAACUUAAUUCGAAUCGUUUAACAUUGUCACAAAAAGUACAAAUCUCCGAAAUUCUGGGUGAGCCAACCGAGCAACUAUUCGCCAGUGCCACAAACGAAAUACAUGGAGAAACUAACUUUAUCUUUUUACAAACAGAUAAAAUGAAAAUACCUGAAGGUAUCAAGUUAUUUCCAAAAAACUUACAAAGUCGUUUAUGUUGCCGAAAGUGUCCCAGUAAAAAUUCGCGAAAAACAAAAACGCGGUGCCAACAGUGCCUACGACCGCUUUGCCAAAAACAUUUUAUACUGCGUUGCCGCGAUUGUACAGGUGUCCCGGAGACGGAUGCAACCGCAGAGGCAGACAAAUCAGAGACACUUAUCAGUGAAAGUGAUAAUGAGGACGACCGGAAUAAUAACGACCCUUAGUAUAGUAAUUGCAGUAUUAUUUUCGAUAAAUACGUUUGAACUUCUUGAUGUGGAUAAGUAAAAAUUAAUUCUAUGGAAAUGAAAAUUGGGCGUAAUACAAUAGACCUGGUCAAUGCGGUUUAUAUUAUAAUUUUUUUUUUUUUUUUUGGAAUUUCACGUUAUCAAAAUCAUUAAAUUAAAAAUUCGAAUUACUUUCUACAAGCGGUAACUUUUGGAAGUUUUG